AUGGCAACUGGAUUCCAGCCACUGCCUUUGUUUGAUGACAGAUAUCGUAUAUGUCAAGCUACGAUUGAUGCUAUUGAAGCUGGGUAUAGACAUAUAGACACGGCGCAUAUUUACUUGACAGAAGAUAUGGUUGGCAAAGCCAUAGAUAACGUAACUUGUCGAGGUAUCGUGAAGCGAGAAGAAUUGUUCAUUACCACCAAGUUGGGACGAAACAAUCACGAUAAUUUGGAGAUGUGGAAAGGCCUUGAAGAUGCCCAGAGAUUGGGCUUAACGAAAUCAAUCGGUAUUUCAAAUUUUAACAGCACAUACAUGGCAAGGAUCUUAGCUAAUUCAAAAACCCUGCCUGCUGUCAAUCAGAUUGAGACAAACCCAACUUUUGCGAAUCUGGAGUUAGUAGCUUACUGUCAAAGCAAAAACAUAGUUGUAACAGGAUAUUCACCUUUUGGUUUUCUGGUGCGAAGAGUCCUGAAUGAUUUAUCGUUCCCACCAACAUUUGACGAUCCGUUGUUGGUGAGGUUGGCAAAAAAAUAUGGUGUGACUGUGAGCCAGAUUGUCUUGCGGUGGUUGGUUGAACGCGGCAUAAUACCAAUCGCUGCAUCGUGGAACAAAUACCACAUUAAAUUGAAUAUAGACAUUUUUUCUUUUAAGAUGUCUCCAAAAGACGUACUCAAAAUGAAUGAGUUCGACAGAAAUGUGAAAGUGUAUCUAAUUGACUAUGAAGGACUGUUUGAAAUCGAACGUCAAGGAUUUUACGAGAUGGAGGAAUACAUCGAACGUAACAAUUUGGGACAAUAUCGCAUAUAACUAGGGAGGAUUAAUACAGCGGCGACAUUAAAAGAGACCGACCAU